GUAAGAUACGCUCCUUAUGCCAGAGGACACAACAGGAAGAGAGGGAGAGGAUAUGGUACAUACAAUAUCCAAAUUAACCUGUUCAGCCGUCCGAAAUAUCGAGGAAGAGAAGUGGGGAAGGGCACACAAGAUAAAACCGCGGAGAGCUGGUUCAAGAUCACAGUUCCGUAUGGCGCAAAAUAUGACAGGGCCUGGCUACUGAAUUUAAUCCAGAGCCAUUGCAGUGUCCCCUUCAGCCCGGUUGAUUUCCACUGCAUCGAGAGACGGGCCCUGUUCUUUGUCCAGGGCACCAGCAGUGCCUACGCAAUAAAGGAUGCCAGCAACAAGAUUUACGAUACGGACAACCGAAAGAUAACUCUCUUUGUCAGUCCUUCAGUCGUCCCCUACUCUGAGCAGGAUAAGUACACACCAGAAGAAAUGGAGCAGCUAAAGUUGACCAUGAGGAAACGAUAUGAUGUCUCCCAGCAGGCGCUCAACCUUCAGAAGCUCCGCUUUGAUGCAGGCUUGGUGGGCCACAACAUUGACAUGAUCCUGAAUCGAAGAAAUUGCAUGGUUGCCACCCUGCAGAUCAUUGAAAGUGAUUUCCCUCAG